GGUAGCACAUGAUUGGGAUUUCUUUAAUCUCUUCUUUUGAGUUUUUUGACUGUUGGAAAUGCCUUGGAAAAGGUGCUUCACUCACUCUGGAAUUCCUUCUAUUUCUUUUCAGAUCUCCUCUGAUGAUUCUCUUACAAACAAUGGCUGCUUCUGCUUUUCCCUGUUCCCAAAUUCCCCUUCUCCCACAUGUAAAAGUAGUUGCAGAAAGCACAUAAAAUUUUGUUUCUUUCUUUUCCUCUUUCGUACCUUUGAUCUAUCUCAUCAGUUUCUGUUUGAUUAGAAGCAAAAAUCUUUCUCCUUGCAUGCUUUUCUGAUGGGGUUUAGCUCAGUUUUGAGUUCCAAAAACAUGAAGAAUUCCUGGGUUUCUUUCUGUCUUUUGUUUCCUGCUUUUGUUUUAGCUGUUCUUGUUCCAGUUGCAACUGGACAACUUUCUCCAAGUGAAACCAGAAUUCUCUUCCAAAUUCAAAAGAUUUUGGAAUAUCCUGUUGCUCUUCAAGGAUGGUCAAACUGGACAAACUUCUGCUAUUUACCUCCUUCUUCACUUAGAAUUGUCUGUUCUGGUACUCACAUAACAGAAUUAACUGUCAUUGGAAACAAAAGCUCUCCUUCAAAAACCCCAAAAUCCGCCCCUGUAAGUUCCAUCCCUUCCCAGCAGACUCUAUCCAAAAGCUUCUCUAUUGAUUCCUUCUUCACUGUUCUCACCAAGCUUUCAAACUUGAAAGUCUUAUCAUUAGUAUCUUUGGGAUUGUGGGGUCCUUUGCCUUCUAAAAUCAACAGGCUCUCAUCUCUGCAAGUGCUUAAUAUAAGCUCAAAUUUCAUCUAUGGAGACAUUCCACCAACAAUCUCAAAACUUCAAAGCCUCAAGAGCCUUGUUUUGGCUGACAAUUUGCUCAGUGGAAGUGUCCCAGAUCUUAGAAGCCUUGCAAUUCUUGAAGAGCUCAAUUUAGGACAAAAUCAACUGGGACAAAAAGUUCCUCCUCUGGGUGAAACUCUUGUGAUCAUCAUACUAAGAAAAAACUUCUUCAGAUCUGAAAUCCCUUCCAGAAUCAUGGAACUCAAUAAGCUUCAGCUACUAGAUAUUUCCUUUAACAAAUUUCUUGGGCCAAUCCAUUCCUCUCUUUUCUCUCUACCUGCAAUUCAGUACCUCAACCUAGCUUAUAACCAAUUAAGUGGGGCACUCUCUGUUAACACAACUUGCAACAAAAACCUCAACUUUGUAGACAUUUCACACAACCUCUUGAUAGGGAAAUUACCUUCUUGCAUCGGAUCAAAUUCGCCGAGUCGGACGGUGAAUAUUUCAUGGAACUGCAUGUCAAGUGGAAACUCGAAGUACCAGCACUCUGAUUCCUACUGCCAUAAGGAAGCAAUGGCUGUGAAGCCUCCAGGUGACCUCCAGAAACAGAAACUUAGCAACAAAUUGGGUCUCACGCUUGCCCUCAUUGGAGGCGUAGUAGGAAUGUCAGGUGUUGUUCUGUUAUUGGUUUGUGCAAUCAUCCGAAAAAUAAGAAGACGACGACUUGAAGAGAACAAAUAUGAGAAAUCUGCCGCUGAUAAACUUGGCUCUCCACUGCCUAACAGACGUGUGCCCCAGACAAGGUUACCAGCACUUGGGCUGCCGCCUUAUCGGGUCUUCACAUUGGAAGAGAUCGAUGAGGCCACAAAAAACUUCAACCCAUCAAGCUUGGCCUCUGAAGGGUUCCAAGCAGAGAUAUAUAAAGGGUGGUUGACUGAUGGUUCAGUGGUCCUGAUCAAAUGCUUCAAACUAAAGCAAAAACUUCAACCUCAAACCUUAGCGCGGCACAUUGAAGAAUUGCAAAAUCUGAGGCAUCGGCAUUUGGUCAGCAUUCUUGGACACUGCACCAUCACUAAUCAAGACCAUCUAAACCCAGCCAGCACUGUCUUCGUUGUGAAUGAAUACGUAUCCAACGGCUCAUUGAAGGAUUGUCUCACAGAUUGGAAAAGGAAGGAGGCUUUGAAAUGGCCUCAGAGAAUGGGAAUUACCAUUGGAAUCGCCCGGGGAAUACAACAUCUGCACACCGGCAUGGUGCCUGGCAUCUUCGGGAACGAUAUCAAGGUCGAAAACAUUUUGUUAGACGAGACGCUGACUGCAAAAAUAAGCAACUACAACAUUCUCAUGCCGCUUAAGGAUGAGGGUGGGCUGCGUUUGCCGAAAGGAAGCGAAAAUCCAGAGAAAGAAGAUAUCUUUCAAUUUGGUGCCAUUCUGCUACAAGUCAUCACUGGUAGACGGGUCACAGAGACCAGUGAAUUGGAUGAUACGAAGAGUGAGCUUGAAAGUGGCUUGGCAGAAGGACUAAAAUUACGGGGCUUUAUUGAUUCUUCAAUUCUGGGUUCUUUUGCAUUUGACUCCCUGAAAACCACAAUUCAAAUCGCCAUCAACUGCCUUAGCAAAGAUCCAAGCAAGCGUCCUUCCAUUGAAGAUGUAAUCUGGAAUUUGCAGUACUCAAUGCAGGUUCAAGAAGGAUGGACAAGUAGUGGAGGAAACCUCGGAACUUUCAUAUAGAUCAAUCCGUUGAGGGUGGGAAUAAAUGUAACUACAGUUUACAAGUAUACAGCUCGUAUUUUUCCUUUUUCUAAGCCCUUGUCUAAGUUGGCGAUAAAGUUUGGUACAGAAAGGUUACCAUCACUUCCACAUUAGCCCUUGAUCAUCCGUAAUUCUUCAUGGUA